AUGCACCACCACGCCAGCGUAUUGAUGCCCAUCUGCGAACCCUCUAGCGAAUUUUCGCCACGCUCCAACUCGCACAACCAGUUUUCGUCAACGCCAUGCGAAGUCCGCGAGCCGUUACCUGGUUACCAGCCCACACAAGACGGUCUACCCGAACGUACGAUGGCCGGCCCGAUUCCCUUCACAUACGCGCAAGUGGAAGAAAUGACGAGAAAUUUCGAUAUCGAGGGGUUUCUCGGCGAGGGUGGGUUCGGGUCGGUUUUCAAAGGUUACCUUCCCACACGGAGCGGCCGGAAAAUCCCAGUUGCCGUAAAAGUGCUGGACACGUGCGGGCAUCAGGGGGAGCGGGAGUGGUUGACGGAGGUUAGCUUUCUGGGGCUCCUGGAACACCCUAAUCUGGUGUGUCUGAUUGGAUAUUGCGCCGAGGAGGAUCAACGGCUGUUAGUGUACGAGUACCUUCCCCGGGGUUCGCUCGAGUUUUUGCUUUUCGGGGAGGAUGCGCUGGCAAACCCGCUGACGUGGCACCAACGGUUGAAGAUUGCGUAUGGCGCGGCGGCGGGGUUGGCGUAUCUGCAUGAGGAGGCGGAGCAUCAGGUCAUCUAUCGCGAUUUCAAGACGUCAAAUAUUCUAUUAACGAAUGAUCUUGAAGUGAAGCUCUCGGAUUUCGGUAUGGCGAGGGAAGGGCCUGACGGGGAGAAGACUCAUGUGUCAACGCGGGUGGUGGGGACUGUGGGGUAUGCGGCGCCCGAGUAUGUGUUAACGGGGCACCUUACAACGAAGAGUGACGUGUACGGGUUCGGUGUGGUGCUGCUGGAGCUGAUGACGGGAAGGCUGGCACUGGACAAAGAAAGACCACGAGAGGAGCAGAGCCUCGUUGAGUGGGCUUCUCCCUUACUCUCCGCACCCUCCACGCUCUACCGCAUAAUGGACCCCGCCCUUCGCGGCCGGUACUCCGCUCGUGGCGCACAAAUGGUCGCCGCUAUCGUCAAAGAGUGCCUGCAGAAGAAAGCCAAGCGUCGCCCGAAAAUGUCCGAGGUGGUUGCAGCGCUGCGGCCAGUGCUCGAUCUUCAUGACAUGGCGGGCUUUUGCGCUGAGGAUAUGCGGGCGGGCUUAGGGGGGCAAGUUUGUGCUUCUAUCGGGGGUAUUGGGAGCACUGCUAAUAACGCAAUGGGGCCACAGCGCUUCCAAAGGAGUGAAAGCGCAGGGACCCUCGAAGAGGGUGCGUUCAAGGGAAGGCCGAUCUCCACUUCCCCGAAUGCCAACGCCAGCAUGAACGCUGGUGACGCUGUGCGAGUUGUUGUGACCAUGGAUGGGGACUGUAACCAGGUGCCACAGCCUUGCGGUGCGACAUCCAGAGCCCCGGUUAGUGUGUUGCCUGUUCCGCAAAACAACAUCGCAAGGCAUGGGCUUGCCGUAUCGCAUCACGGCAUGGGACAGAGGCAAGACGAUUCUUCAGCAGCAUCUGCCAACCUGCUUCCCAUGGAUCUUUGCACAGACCCAGAGCCAGUCGUGGUUCUGGAUCUGAACGCUCCAUGGAGCCAAGAAGGCCACAUUCCACGUCCUCAUGACUUGACCUCUGGUCAGGCAAAGGAUGCAGCUUCCUGGAAAGUUCCAGAAGCAGGGUAUGCAGAAGGCAAUGCAGAAUCUCAUUUGCUGAAGGGAUAUGGAGUGCUGUCAGCAUCCCCAGCAGGACCAAGGAUACAAGUAACGGAACCAGCGCGCACAGAUCGUGUUACAGGAGAGGCAUGUCGACCUGGAUUCAAAGCGUGGAGACCUUCGCCUUCGAAACAACAUCAGCCUCAAGCUGUGGACAAGGAGCAAGUCAUAUCAUCACCGCCAAAGAGCAGCAGGUCUGCAAACACUGUCCAGCCGGCACUGAAGCUAGUGCCUCCCCUCCGAGGAGAAAGGUCCAUGGCCCCUAGGAGUGCCUGGGCGAAGCAGCUGCUUCAAGACAAUUCUGGAGCUGACUGUGUGGUGAAGGGAGGCAGGAAGAGGAGGGUGAAGAGCCUGGGAUCUGCUACUGAGGAUGUGGAGAUGACCUGGUCUUCUCAGAAGAUUGGAAAGACGAUGGAGGGGAGGAGAUUGAGGUCUGACACAGACUUUGGAGCUUCAUCAGGUAGCGAGGAGGAUUCGGAAAAAUCGAGCAAUCCAUUGUCAUCCAUUUGGCCGAAAGAAGGAUCAACAUCAUCAACCGUUCCUUGCGUGGAAGCGAAUGCUGAGUUCGGAGAGCAUCGCCUGGUAGCAUCAACAUCACUUGACGGUUCACCUGCCAAAUCAAGCAAACAUUUCUGUUGCCAGGUGGAGCUUUACCAUAAACCCUCGGGCGAGAUGCUUCUCGCGAUUGAGUCACGCUUCGUCCUGGCUCCCAGCAGCAGCACCAUCCCAAUCCUUUUCCAGCAUAAGCAUCUUCCAUCUCAGCGCCUUCCGCCCCGCAUAUCCCGCAUUCCACCACUCGUAGUUAAUUCUCUACGUAGUGACCACGGAACUUCCUCCAUCCCAGCUCCAGUUGUCCCGGUCCCCGCAAUACUCGGCGCUGCUGUCUCCGCUUCCGCGAUUUCUGCAGCAGCCGCGCAACCGUCCGCAACCCUUUACCCAGACGGGGAGAUAGGCGACAUGGAUAUCAGCGACCAGCACACGGUAACAUUGGCGAACAUCCGCAGCUCGCUAAUUCGCCAAGAGGACAGCAUCAUAUUCUCGCUGAUCGAGCGGUCGCAGUUCUGUCGCAAUAAACCUGCGUACGACGCGUCAGCUAUGCCUGUCCCGGGGUUUGAAGGAUCGCUGCUGGAAUUCGUCAUGCGAGAAACGGAAGUGCUACACGGAAAGGUUCGGCGCUACACAAGCCCCACUGAACGGCCGUUCUUCCCCGAUGCCAUUCCGCCUCUUAUUCUGCCUCCCUUGAACUACCCCAAGGUGUUACAUGAUGCCGCAGGCACCAUAAACAUCAACGACAUCAUAUGGAAGAUGUACUUUGAAGAUCUAUUGCCAGAGAUCACACGAGAUGGUGACGACUUCAACUAUGGCUCUGCUGUCACCAUGGACGUGCUCUGCCUGCAGGCUCUCUCGAAGCGAAUUCACUUCGGGGCGUUUGUUGCUGAGGCAAAGUUCCAGGAGAAUCCAGAGGCAUACAUAUCCUUAAUUGAGAAGCAAGAUGCAGAGGGGCUGAUGCAGUUGCUCACCUCAGCAACGAGUCAAAAGUUAGAAUCCGCGGUAUUAGACGGACAGUUACAAGUUGAUUUCGGGCAAAGGCAGCUGCAGAGCCGUGAGGUGAUAGUAAAAGAUGUGACUGUAGCGAAGAGGGACUCGACGCUCGUUAAUAAGUUACUGAAGCUGAAGGAAGGGUUGAUGGAGAGGCGGGCGGCGCAGAUGCAAGGCGCGCUGCGAUGGCUCACGGAGGUCUCGGCCAACCUGAGACCGCCUCUGCUGGCGCUUGUAACGGAUCGCCUUGAAAGGAAUGCGGAAAACGCGUAUUUCUUCACUCUUGGGUCGGGACUCAAGUCACUGGGAUACGCCAUCGAGGUAAUCGCGCAGGAAGGAGGGCCCAUGGCGGACGCGUGGAGGGGCCUCGCCGUGCGUGUGACUAUAACGGGGAGGCACAACACGAGCCUGAAUCACAUCGACUGGCUGGACUACCAGGGAGUUUUGGCGAACUCGUUAGAGGCCGCUCCGUUUAUCGCCAAGUUGGCCCAAGAGCCGUUCACUGAAGUCCCACUGGUGUGGGUCGUGCACGAGGCUGACGUGGCAGACAGGCUGGCAGUGUACGAGUCCAGUCAGCAUCUGCAGGGGCUGAAGCAGCAGUGGAUUGAUCUGUUCGCUCGCCCUGAUGCCGUUCUGUUCCCCUGCAUGGCACUUAAAGAGCGAUACCAGUCCCUGAACACUGGAAACUUCCUGGUAAUUCCCGGCUCGCCCACGUGGACGUACGCCGCGACCCGAUUCGCCGCAUCGCGCUCGCCAGAGUCUGAGCGGGCGGCGCGUCAGAUCCCGCCUGACGCGUUCACUGUAGCAGUGGCGGGAAACCAGAGGGUGUACCAGGGAAAGUGGCGGGAAAGAGCAAUGGCCAUGCAUGCCGUUCAAUCAUUGGUCCAGCCGCCUGCCAUGGGGUGGGGGUCUUUAUUGGGCUGGAUGGUAGGGGAUGCUGGGGGAAAGGGAGGAGGGGAGGAAGGAGGAGGGGGGGAAGGGAGUGGAGGAAGGGGAGGUGGGGUAGGAGGGGAAGGAGGGAGGGAGAAGAGAGGAGGGGGGAGAGGGAGAGGAGGGGAGGGGAACCAAAAGGAGCGAGAGGGGGUUUCCGCUGUGGAGCGAGCGCACGUGCUGUUUAUGGGUAGCUGGAACGGCUCAGGGUCACAGUCGCAGCUGGCGGUGCUUAAAGUGGUAGCGAAGCAUCUGCUUAUAGCGAAUCUGACGUGGGGCGUGGGGGAGGCAGAGGGGGAGGAGGGGAUGGGCGUGUUGAUGGCGAGUGAUGUGGUGGUGUGGAGCUCGGUGGAGGAGGAGAGGGAGGUGAAUCCGCUGCUCGUGAAAGCGCUUGCUCUGGGGAAGGUGAUUGUGGUGCCAAAGCUGAUCAAGAUCCGAGGAGAGGUGAGUGGGGGAUGGAGUUCGGUGGAGGAGGAGAGGGAGGUGAAUUCGCUGCUGGUGAAAGCGCUGGCUCUGGGGAAGGUGAUUGUGGUGCCGAAACUUAUCAAGAUUCGAGGAGAGGUGAGCGGUUCGGUGGAGGAGGAGAGGGAGGUGAAUCCACUGCUGGUGAAAGCGCUGGCUCUGGGGAAGGUGGUGGUGGUGCCAAAGCUGAUCAAAGUUCAAGCAGAGUUGACCAAUGGCGUGCAUGCUCUUUUCUACGACCCUGGGAAGGAACCUUCCAUAAAGCAGGCGCUCCUUAAAGCCGCGUCGCUCUCGCAGUCUGACGCGCUCGCCAUGUCAGCAUCGGGCCGCGAGCUCUCAUUGGCCCUGGGCGCGCGCAGCGUGGUUAAGGAGGUAGCGAGGCUACUAGAGAGGGUUAUGGAGGGAGGCGUGGGGAUUAGAAGCCCUAGGCCGGCGGAUUGGCUGUGGUGGGAUAAGAAGCAGGCGUGGAUGUGGGGGGAGGAGGGCGGAUGGGGGUGGGGAGAGGGAGGGGAGGCGGGAGGAAACGGAGGAACGAGAGGGAGACGGGGAGUAGGAGAAGUGGGUGGAGAGGGAGGGCCGGGGACGGGAGGCGGGGGGACGAAGAGGGUUGGGGAGGAGGACGAGGGGGGAGAAGGGGAGGAGGGUGAGAGGGUAGAUGUAGGUGGGGGUGUGGAGGAAGGUGAGGCUGAGGUAGUGACGGGAGGGGAGAGUGGGGUUAUUGGGGGGAGGAAGGUGAUAUUACGGGAGGGUGACUAUAAGGGGCGAAGGAUGGGGUUGAAGGCGGGAGGCAAGGCAGGGGACGGCAGUAAAGAGGGAGCGGUGGGGUUCUCGGAAGAGAGAGGGGAUGUGGCAAGCAGUGAGGGGAGGAGUGGUGGGAGUGCGAGGAGCGAGGGAAGGAGCGAGGGAGGGAGUGAGAGGAGGAGUGUGGUGUUGCAGAUGGAGGAUGAGUGGGAGGAGUUGAAGAGAAGGGAAGCGGCAUUGCUGAUGGGAGACAAAACGAGGGACAGCAUGCUCAUGGCCGAAAUGGAUGGUGCUGAGGAGGUGGUGGGAGGCGGGGCAGGGGGCGAGUUGGCUGUUAAAAGAACAGCCACAGGAGCAGCAGACGCAGAAGCAGCAGCAGGAGCAGCAGCAGCAGCAACAGUAGUGGGAGCAGCGGGAGGUGGAGCGAGGGGGGAGUUGGCAGCAGCUGCGGGAGGCGGGGUAGUUGGGCAGCAAACGGCAGAGGCAGAGGGUUCUGCAGCUUCAGCUGCUGCCACUGCUGUUGUGGGUGGAGAGAAGGACAGCGCAAGAGAGGGGACAGGAGGAGGAGGAGGAGGAGGAGGAGGAGGAGGAGGAGGAGUACGGGCAGCAGGAGUGCCUGAGCUGAAAGCACCGGAAGAACAGCUGGAAGCUGACAAUGUAAGUGAUGCUUCAGAUGCCAUCCCAGGGAGCAUCGCAGAGAUGUGGGACCGUAGAGAGCACGAGUCGCGGUCGUGGGAGGAGGUGAAGGUGGGCGUGAAGCGGGUAACAUCUGAUUCACUGUUCCCUACCUCCCUUCCCUCCUCCCUCUCGCCCCUCCUCUCUCCACACCAGCUGUGGGACCGCAGGGAGCACGAGUCACUGUCAUGGGAGGAGGUGAAGGUGGGGGUGAAGCGGGCGGAGAGGAGUGGGCUGCACGAGAGGGACGACGGUGACCUCGAGCGAUCAGGCCAGCCCAUCUGCAUCUACGAGCCGUACAUUGGCAACGGAUCCUGGCCGUUCAUUCACGACAAGGACACCCUGUACCGGGGGGUUAGCUUGUCUCGCUCCUCCCGCCGGCCCAAUCUAUACGACGACGUGAACGCGUGGGCGCGCCUCCCCAUGCUCGCCUCGCCCUACUACCGCGACGUGCUCUGCGACUUUGCAGCCAUGCUGGCGAUUAACUACCGCAUAGACCGAGUCCACAGGAACCCCUGGAUAGGCUUCCAGCCGUGGCGGGUCCGAGCGGAGAAUGUAGGGUUGAGUGGCGCUGCGGAAAAAGCGCUGGUUGGGACUAUAGAGAGGGGGACUGUAGCGGAUGCGGUAGUGUACUGGGUGAGUACUGUAGACCAGGUGGAGAUUCAUCGGGAUCCGAGGAGUGGGGCGCUGGGGGAGGAUGGGGAGAAGGUGAGGGGAGGGGGGGGAGGGGGAGGGGGAAGGGGAGGGGGAGGGGGAGGUGCGGGAGAGAAUGGGGGGAAGAGGGAUGGGGGAGGGGAGACAGGGGGAGCAGCGGGGAAGAUGAGUGUUGGGGGGUUGGAGGAGCGUGCAGGGGAUGACUUUUGGACGACAUGUGACAUGAUGAACCGCGGUAACUGCAGGGCUGCAUUCCUGGAGGCCAUGCGGCUGGUGUACAGCCUCCCCUCCAACUGGACCACCCUGCCGCCCAUGCCCACGGGAGGAGGCACCUGGUCUGCCAUGCACGCAUGGGCCAUGCCGGCUCACAACUUUGUGGAGUUCAUGCUGUUUGCGCGCAUGUUCAUUGACGCCCUAGAUGUGAAAUUCUACCAGAGACACGCGGCCCACGGCACAUGCCCUUUGGCUCAGAGCCAUGCAGAGGAGCGGCACUGCUACUGCCGAUUGCUUGACCGCCUAGUCAACGUGUGGGCAUACCACAGCCGAAAGAGAAUGCUGCUUCUGAACCCCCACACUGGCACGCUUAAAGAACAACACCCAGUUCCCACCCGCUCUAAAUCCCGCUCGCGGCGCGCCUGGUUUCAAUGGUUCUCCCGCCCGGUUCUUAAAGCCAUGGAUGAGGAGCGGGCAGAAGAGACAGACGACCCCGCCCAUGCGAUCAAGGGGCGGCGGUGGCUUUGGCCUCAUCUGGGGGAGGUGCAAUGGCAAGGGUCGAUUGAGAGGGAUAGGAUGUUUAGACUGUGGCAGAAGGGGCAGAAGGAGAGGAAGAAGAAAGAGAGACUGGCGCGAAUGAGAGUGAGGUAUAAGCAGGAGGCGUUGGGAGGGCCUGUGGUGAAGAAGUUGGGGGAGGUUGGGGGCGCGGGGGGUUUGGGGAGGAAUGUGAGUGUUGUGGAGGGUGGUGGGGAGGAGGGGAAGGGAGGAGGCGGUGAUGGUGCCGGCAUUGACAGGAGUAGUGGUGUAAGCAAGAAGAGUGGCAGCAGCAGUAGCAGUGACACUUCUCAGGAAGAGGGCAAAGAGGACAGUGAUACAAGGUGA